AUGGAAGUAACAAUUUUGGCUGCAUCGUACGAUAAUUUCGAAUAUGGAUGUGAGGACAUCAACUGUGAAUGUAUCAUCAGUGAGUGGUACAACACCUUUCCCUAA